UCGUUUUAAUGGUUUAUUUGUUUGGUACAGUUCCCGCUGCUUGCUUACUCGUUAAUUCGGUCACUUCCGCGGUUUUGUAUGGUUUCGAUUUUAAAUCCCGUCAGCUACCAAAUCGGUGUUUGCCACUGCUGAAGUUGAACUGGACUGAGAGAUUUUGAUAGAAUUGCGAUUCAGAUGUGUUUAUAGAUUAUAUCACGCUCAGAAGAGUCGAUUAAGGAAGAGCCAUGUAUGCUCUAAGAGGUUUCAGAAUUUUGCUUAAGAUUGCAUCUCUGAUUUUGAUGCUGACUGGAAUUGCUGGCCUGGGCGGUUCAUUCUUUCUGCAUGAAUACAAAGUUUACGGUGUGUUUUUUAGCAGCGUUUAUAUACUUCUCCCUGCAAUGCUGGCUGUUGCUGGAGGAGUCAUUCUCUUAAUCAGCGGAUGCAUUGGCUGUUCAGUGUCCAACAAGAAGCCUUCAUGUGGAAAAGGAUUAUUUGUGUAUGUUCUUAUUAUUGCGUGGUGCAUUGUGUGUACUACUGCUGUAUUGGCAUAUACUCAUAAUAGGAAGCUUGAUGAAGACUUGGCUCCCCUUAAAGAUGUGUUUCAGAACUACAGUGGUGACAGCCAAGAACCUGAAACCAAAGCAGUGAAUGCCCUCCAGCGUGAGUUGCAGUGUUGUGGUGUUAAGAACUACACAGACUGGUUGGAAACACCCUGGUUUAAUCAUAGUGGGAAAUACGAAGUUCCUCUGAGCUGCUGCAACAAAACAUUUAACUCCUGCAAUGGAACUUUAAACUCACCCCAGUUGCUAUAUGAUGAGGGUUGUCAAGGUAAACUUGAGAUGAAAUUUCUACUUUCAGUGCACAUCAUGAUUAUAACAUCUUUAGUGGUUCUCUUUUUACUGAUAAUGUCUUGGAUUCUAGUGGCACAGCUAAUGAGGCAUCAACCCCCACAAGAGUAUCGAAUCCUGGACCAAGAAUAAAAAGGCACUUUUGGAAUUGAAAUCUUGUUACUUUUCUUCUGAAUGCUUUCACAUUUUUUUUUA